AUGGUCUGCGGGAAGUGCCAGAAGCUCUGCAAGUCUACAACCUUGGCUACGCCCGGCGUAAAGAAGAAGAAUGAUAUGUACUACGGCUCUCCUGCGGGUUCGGCUUCGAAGAGCGGCGACAAGACCAAGUCCGCCACGAUAGGUAACAACGGCGUCGGAAAGAGUAAACUGCUAUCAAAAUCUGCAAGAAACCCUUACGCUUCGUACUCGAGUUCCUGUACAACCUGCAAAACAAAGUUGGAGCAAGGAAAGACGUACUGCCAGAAGUGUGCCUACAAAGCAAAUGCAUGUGCCAUGUGUGGGAAGGCGAAUUCAAAAUCAACCGCAGCGGCGCCUGUAAUCGCCGGUCAGAAGUUCACCCUCAAAUGA